AUGCCCGUCUACAUUGCCGUGCAGGCCCUGUUCGACGGCAUAGGGAGCAUUCCCUAUGCCUGGACCAUCAUCAAGACCCUCCCAUGGCUCGCCCUCCUAGUCCUGCUGAAGCGUUACUUCGGCGGCGUUGUCAACACCUCCGAGCGUAACAUGCACUCCAAGGUCGUCAUGAUAACAGGAGGCACUGCCGGUAUAGGGGCUCAGGUGGCCCGCGAUCUGGCCACUCGCGGUGCUCAGCUGGUUCUCCUCACCCAGCACGAGCUGUCCGAUCCUUUUAUCGUCGACUACAUCGAUGACCUGCGCGAGACGACCAACAACAGCCUCAUUACUGCUGAACAGGUCGAUCUUUCGUCGCUCCACAGCAUCCGCAAGUUUGCCACCAAGUGGGUCGACAAUGCUCCUCCGCGUCGCUUGGACAUGAUCAUCCUCUGCGCCAACACAUUCACCCCUGCAGGCGCCAAGGUUAGGACGACUGAAGAUGGCCUGGAAGAGAGCUGGGGCGUCAACUACAUUGCCAACUUCCAUCUGCUGAGCAUCCUGAGCCCUGCCCUCCGCGCCCAGCCUCCAGACCGCGAUGUUCGUGUUAUCUUCAGCACAUGCAGCUCCUACAUGGGCGGACAGCUGCCUGACUUCUCCCAAUCCGACACCGAGAAGGAGAAGAAACCAGCAAAGACCAACAAGUCGAAGAAAGCCGACCAGCCCAAACAGGUCCUCGAGUUCAAGGCCUCCUCCGCCGACGCUACCUCAAAACUCGCUUCUAUGGUCUUCGCCUCGGCGUUUCAAAAGCACCUGGCUACCUACAACCGUCCUGACAAGUUCCCCAUGAACUCUCGCGUCUUCGUCGUCGACCCAGGCUGGACGAGAACUCCCGGAAUGCGGCGACACCUUAGUUUCGGAAGUCUAUGGGGACUGGCACUAUAUUUGAUAAUGUGGCCCUUCUGGUGGCUUGUUUUGAAAAGCCCAGUCCAAGGAGCGCAAACCUACUUGUACGCUGCCAUGGAUGCCCAGCUAGGAAGAGCUGAAGGAGGAAAGUUCCUGAAGGAAUGCAGGGAGGUGAGGUUCAUGCGCGGGGAAAUCGAGGAUGAAAAGGUGCAAAAGGGCCUCUGGCAAGCCAGCGAAAAGACCAUUGAGGAGCUUGAGAAGAAGGGCGCUAUGGGACGUGCUCAGCAGAAGAAAAAGCAAGAGGACGCGGACAAGGCCAAGAAGCAGGCCGAGGAACUGGCAGCACUGGAGGAGCUGGUCAAAAAAGCCAAAGCUGCAAAAGAGCAGGAUUCAAAGAAGGAGAAACAGUCCGGCUCGAAGCGGAACAAGAAGUCGGACAAGUAG